ACUCCUAGAGCACUAGCAAUAAAUAACAAUAAAUGUGAGAGCCACAUCAGAAUCUUCUUCGUUCGUUCCUCGAACCUCAGAUGCAUGCACCGCAGCUCGAUCAGCUCACUCCUCCCUCUUCUACUAUAAGAUCGACCCUUGCUAGGUCGUCCGUAAGAUCACUCACUGGCCACUUCAUCUUCUUGCUCGCUCUCGAUCGAUUGCUUGGAAGAGCUUAACUCCUCAUGGAAGGGCUUAACAGCCUCAAAGCAGAGGAGCAGCAUUGCCAUGGCGGCGGCGGCGGCCGGGUGUCCCAAGCAAUCGCGAUGCUCGUCGCGACGGCGGUCACGGCGCAGGCGGCGUACCGGGCGCGCCACGCGCCAUGGGACCUCGCCUUCGUGCUCUUCGCCUACGCCGACCUGGGCCUCCUCUUCCCGUGCCUCUCGAUGUACGAGCGCCUGCCGCCGCUGGAACAGGAGGAGGACGGCGACGACGACAGUGCGGCGGUGAGGCGGCGGCGGCGGUCGCUCAAGAUGGCCGUGUGGGCGCUGUCGACGGCGUUGAGCGCCGCCUUCGCGUGGCGCGUGGCGGCGGUCAUGCCGGCGCCGGCGAUGAAGGCCGCCGUCUGGGGGAUGACGUCGACGGUGGCGGUCGCCGGAUUCUACCUCCUGUUCGUCCACAGGCCUGCCGCCAUUUCGUCCUAUUCCGAGCUGGAUACUUGCAAGCACGAGCAGGCGUCGUCCAAGCUCGAUCAGAUCCUAUAACAAAAGAUUUGGGGAAGAGGAGCUUAAUGUUUAAUCUUGUAGUAUUCAAUGGAAAUUUAGGCUGUGUUCUUUCCUAGGUGAUCUGGGUGAUUGUCACUGAGUUUUAUUUCGUUUUCCGCGUACACCCUUCCCAAACUACUAAACGGUGUGUUUUUUGAAAAAAAAUUAUAUAGGAAAGUUGCUUUUAAAAAA